AUGAAGUUUAAUUUCUCCCAACUCAUGGGCAGCACCCUUGCUCUCGGAGCCCUCUCUAGAGCUGCCCCAUUAGAUGGCUUGAAUCUUGUAGCCUCCUCGAAUCCAGUAAAGCAACUCGGCAAGAAAGAAGUUGGGGCAUCUUCAAAUCCAGCAAAACAACUUCUUAAGAGAACAGUUGGCGGAAUUUACAUCACCACCGAUAUCAACUGGCAGGGCCAAACUGGAUACAAAGUUCAACCUCUCAAUACUUGUAUCUCACUCACAGCGCCAUGGCUCUAUACAAUCUCCUCAUUCGGACCGGACAGAGGAACUGCUUGUAUUUUGUACAGUACGACGCACUGCGACUCUAACUCCGCUAGGAAGGCGAUAAUCUUCUACCCGGGCAGCGCGAACUUGGGGGACCAGAACUUUAACGACCAGACUGGGUCCUGGAAGUGCUACGAGGUGACUGAGGAUGGACAGUGCUUUAGAGACUCUUUGCCUCCUGAUCGUGACUUUAAUUGUCGGAAGUGCUGUAACGGUUGUAAUCGAAGCGGGUCGGACUGCUGCCCUCGGGGCACUCAAUGUUAG